AACAUGCUUUAAAACCCCUCCUACCCCAUACGUCAGCGUGUGACCCCCAAAAUUUGCUAUGGAGAUCGAUCCGCUGGAGCAACCAGAUCACCAGAUCAAAGACAAAGACCUCUUCAAGGCUGCAGAGGCCGGCGAUUCUUCGACAUUCAAAGCCCUUUCAUCGGAACAUCUUUCUAAAGCUCUCUCUCUCCUAAACGAUGACGGCCGCUCCCUCCUCCAUGUCGCUGCCUCUUCAGGUCACCCUGAGGUGGUGCAAAUACAAUCCAGUGUGGAUGAAUCAAAAAGUGUGGUAAACAACAAGGAUGAGGAAGGUUGGGCACCACUGCACUCUGCUGCCAGUAUUGGGAAUCUGGAAAUUGUGGAGAUUCUGUUAAGUAGAGGAGCUGAUGUUAAUUUGAAAAAUGAUGGUGGUCGAACUGCUCUUCACUAUGCUGCCAGCAAGGGAUGGUUGAAAAUUGCUGAAAUUCUGAUAUCACAUGGUGCUAAGAUUAAUCUGAAGGACAAGGUUGGUUGUACCGCACUGCACCGAGCAGCUAGUACAGGGAAGUCAGAUUUGUGUGAACUUUUAAUCGAGGAAGGAGCUGAGGUUGAUGCUAUUGAUAAAGCUGGUCAAACUCCACUUAUGAAUGCAGUCGAUUACCAUAACAAAGACGUUGCUCUACUUCUUAUAAGACAUGGAGCAGACGUGGAUGUGGAAGACAAGGAAGGGUACACUGUGCUUGGUCGAGCAUCUGAUGAUUUCAGGCCAAUGCUGAUUGAUGCUGCCAAGGCCAUGCUUGAAGGAUGAGUUAUGAACUAGUUUUACAAAGUUAGAUGGGGAAUUUAGGUAAGUAGCUGGGUUAUCAAUGAGGUUUUGGCAGUUGCAUUUUGAUGUAUUUUAUCUGCUUGUUGUGUGUGAUAGAGGAGAGUUGCAAUGCAGUUGUUGGUAAUGUGCAGCAAUGAUUUUCCUGUUGCUGGUUUAAUUGUCCUUGUGUUUUUUACUUGGCUGUUCCUUUAGGCCAUGUUCAGUAACUUUGGCGUUUUCUGUUUUUUGUAGUUAGAAAAAAAAAAUGAAGACGUGUUCGGUUCACUGUGAUUA